UUAAUGUUUUGAUAGUACGUGUGUCUUGUUGACAUAAGAAGAAGCCAAUGAAUAUUAAUGAUGCAUUUUGUGGGUGGGGCCAUGCUUUUAAAAUGGCAAUCAGGAAGAGGUUUAGAACAAUUGUGAUCUUUGUUCUUCUCUUCUUUGUGAUAUUUUCCUUUGUUUUGCUACACAACUGGGAGCUGUCAUCAGAGAAGCAAGGCCUUGUCACUGAGAGGGUGAGUAAGAACAUACUUAGGACAAACUCAUGGUCAUCAUCUGGUAGUCCACCUUCUACUACUUUCUUGAGGCACAAUGGAUCAAACUUGUUAAUAGCAUCAAACACUGGAAAGAGAAUAGAGGCAAUGAACUUACUUCCAUGGAAUAUAACAAUAGAAGGGUCUACUGAUAAAGCAACAGUGACACCUGCAGGGAAAUGGAAUAGGCUUAAGAUUGAUUGGCUUAAAGGGAAUGAUGUGCUGGUUUUCAUGCACAUACAAAGAACUGGUGGGAAGUCAUUCCUGUAUUACACUGGAUCAGUCACUCAAAGGAACAAGUCUUUAUGCUCUUACGAGAUACAAUCCAAUGUCACUAUUAGUGGAGGCAUUCCUAAAAGCUGGAGAUUGCUCUGUCCCAUCACAGAUGCUGCCUAUUAUCCUAAUAGCAACACAACACCUGUUAAACUCUGGCCUACAACUAAGCCUCUCUCUCUUAAGGCACUCAAGAAACUCAAAUUGGACUUUACAAACAUGAAGCCACUGCCCGAGAUGUGGUUAUUGUCUGAAGUGACUUACCAAUGGCCGUGUGGCAUCCACUCCUUCCUAACAGCCAUGACACCUUGCGUACGAAACAUAUAUACUAAAAGAUAUGGAGAGAAAGAGAGACGAUUUCAUUACUUCACAUUGCUACGGGAUCCUUUAGAACGCUACCUCAGUGAGUUCCUUUACACAUACGAAGGGAGAGCAAGCUGGGAUGUGGUCACAGGUGUUAAGGACUGUCCCGGGGCAAUAUCUGAGUAUACCGUCCCUGAGUGUUACCAUAAUGCAUACAAGAGACACCAGUGGCCCAAUGUCAAUUUGAGCUCUUUUGUAUCCUGCCCUCAUAACUGGGCACACAAUAGGCAGACUUGGAUGCUUGCGGAUCUGAAGGACCUCCAGUGUAAUGGGAGGAAGUAUAAAGAUAGAGAGUCAUUCGAGAGAGAGUUGUUGGCAUCUGCUAAGAGUAAUUUAAGAUCAAUGCCUUUCUUUGGCCUCACGGAAUACAUGAGAGAGAGUGCUUUGCUGUUUGAGUAUCGCUUUAAUGUCAAGUUUAAGUUGCUCCCUCCGUUUAAGUCUUCACCGUCGACCUCAAAAUGGCUGGUGGAGUCUGUAACAAAUGAAGAGAAUCUUCUAGAUAAUGUAUUAAGCCGUAAUGAGUUAGAUAAGGACCUGUAUAAAUAUGCUUUGAGUUUAUUCAAGGAGAGACUUAAAAUUAUUGGAAUCAAUAAAAUCAGAGGCAGAAAGUCAAGGAAAUCUAGACGCUAUUAUAUGAAUAGAAAAUCUCGGAAGUUUAACUAUCAUCAUGCAUAGCAACUUUCAGUUUUAAGUUUCAUCCAUCCUCAAUUAUACAUUCCUGUACUAUUUAUAAUAAUCAAUUCAUACAUGCAGUCUAUUUAUUUUUAUCUUUUAUACAAAUAGAAAUUUUACUUGACAAUAGAUAAUGCUAUCAUUGGCUUGUCCAACAAUGCAUCAAUAGUAAUUGAUACCCAAUUGAAUUAGAAUGAUCAUGUUACUAGCA